GCGGUGUUAACGUUGACCCCAGGCGGAUGUUCUCGAUCGUUGCUCCGCCUACUUCUGCGCCUCGACUUACCAAACUGGUAUUUUCAAACCUGCAGCUCUUCGCGCCAGACGUACUCCUUAGAUAAAAUGAACAGAAAGACUGGGCUUGUCUCCAACUCCACCAUUAGACGCAGGGUCCGUCAAGAUGUUGAGAAAAGACUAGACCAAAUUAGGGACUACUGCACAGAUAGAACUGACUUUCUACUGACACCAGAGAGGGAACAUGUAGAUGUCAGUCUUUGGAAAGUAUAAAUUGCACAGAAGAUGCAAAUUGUCUAGACACUACAACUGGAUUAGUCUUUAGUGAGGAGGAAGGUGCCAUGAUGUUCCACUUGAUUGAAUUCUUGGACAGCAAAACAGUAGCAGUCGUGCCACAAAGCUGGUACGGUUGUGGUGACUGCGUUUGGCCAAAUUACCCGAGGGACGAAAGGGUGGACAAGGCUGUCAGAAGUGCCGAAGAACCUCAACCUGGCUGGCAGACACAUGAUGUCAGAAUAAUUAGAUCAUGCGAUGAUUACUUGGUGGCAAGGCGAUGGAUGAAAAAAUAUAUGUCUUACGACACAUCCGAUCUCCGUUCAGAAGAGGAGGCAAUUCCUAAAAAGAGAAAGCCAAUGCCUGUCCAUUUCUAUGGGGACUCGGAUGAAAAUCGGCCCCCAAAAAAAACCAAAGGUCAAACCACUAGCGGGACAGUUGCCCCUCCUCCGCCUAUUCCACGUACUUCAUCACCAGCAGGACAGCGAACAAGCCAGGGGUACACACCAACCUGGCGAGGGGCGAGGUGUGGUUCAGACGCCAUUGCCUUCUGUGCUGCUCAAAUUCAAAUCCUGGGCAUGCUGCAGACGCUUACACAGCAGGUCCAGCAAUUAACUGGCAAAGUUGACAGCUUGGUUCGCCCCAGCGUGACACAAAUGUCUGUUCAAGAAGUGGAGUGGAGAGACCCGUUUCCGUUGACUACAAUGGAGGAAGUGGACCUGUUUGAGCAACAGCUCAAAGAUCCAGCUAACAUUUUAAUGAAGAAGAGUGUGAUUUCCUCCCUGGGAACAAUCGGAGGACAUGAUGUGAAACGUGCAACGUGGAACAUCCUCGCCCGCAUGUUCAGUGAUGAUGUUGGCAAGUCUAUAAACUGGAAAGGAAUUAAUGGCAAAAAAUCGUUCAAUCAAAUGAUGUCCAAGACUUUGCUCCUGCAUGCCGUCAGAAAGAAUCACUCUACACAUGCGUCCACUGACGACCAGGUCCUUAAGCACGCCAUGAGGUGGUUCAACCUGGCAACAGACCGGGGUUGCUCCAUGAGGCGUGCUACUGUUGACGUCCCCCACUGAACAGACUUAAAAUAUAUCUUUUUUUAAGUGUGUGUGUAUAUAAUUUGAUGUCCUUUCAAAUAAAAAACUGUUUGAUAUUA